GGUCGUCACUCGUCACAUGACCCGCGCCACUAUACGGUAGGCCAUAUUUGACAGUGGCACUAGUCUAGCGAAGUGAGUGCGUGAAGAUCGCUCUUCGUUCGACGGUCCGCGGAUUAUUCAACCGACAACUUGUGUAAAUACUCGCGAUCAUUUAUUGAGCGAGGAGUCCAUAGAGACGUACUCAAUUAAUUACAGAUAGAAGAUUAUUCUACACACACAUUACACAAGAUGAGUACGUUUACAGAGGACGCACCCAUUUACGGGCCCUUUUUCGGUGUAAUGGGCGCUGCCUCUGCCAUUAUAUUUUCCGCUCUGGGAGCAGCUUAUGGUACAGCUAAAUCAGGUACUGGCAUCGCAGCGAUGUCUGUUAUGAGGCCAGAACUUAUUAUGAAAUCGAUCAUUCCUGUUGUCAUGGCUGGUAUUAUUGCCAUUUACGGGCUGGUAGUUGCAGUUCUUAUUGCCGGUAAUCUAGACGAACCACCAAAAUACCGUCUCUAUAACGGUUUUGUCCACCUGGGUGCUGGUUUAGCCGUAGGUUUUUCUGGUUUAGCUGCAGGAUUUGCCAUUGGUAUUGUGGGAGACGCGGGUGUAAGAGGCACUGCACAACAGCCUCGUCUCUUUGUCGGUAUGAUCUUAAUUCUCAUCUUCGCAGAAGUAUUGGGUCUCUAUGGUCUCAUCGUUGCCAUCUAUUUGUACACAAAAUAAACAGCACGUAGAGAGGCAAGAAUGCAAGACUUGUCGCCUGCAAACCAACAACGCUCCCCUAAAACUAUUAAAAUA